AUGGGCUCGGUCGGGAGCAUAGCGUUCUCACCAGACGGUAGCAAGGUGGCGUCAAGCUCUGAUGACAAGACCGUUCGGAUAUGGAACGUCGCCACAGGAGAAGUCGAGCAGACAUUCAGGGGCUACGUAGGCUGCGUAGUGCUCUCGCCGGACGGAAAGAGGGUGGUGUCAGUGUCUGAUGAUGAGACAUUGCGGCUAUGGAACGUCGCCACAGGACAUAUCGAGCAGACGCUAGAAGGCCAUACAGGCCAGGUCCGGAGCGUAGCGUUCUCGCCGGACGGAAAUCGGGUGGCGUCAGGAUCUGAUGACAGUACAGUGCGGGUAUGGAACGUGGCCUCAGGGCAAGUCGAGCAGAUUCUACAAGACCAUGCGGGUAGGGCCUACAGCGUGGCGUUUUCGCCAGACGGCGGUAAGGUGAUAUUAGGGCAUAGCGACCAGACUAUACGGGUAUGGGACGUUACUACAGGAGCAGUCGAGCAGAGGCUAGAGGGCCACGCAGGCUCAAUCUGGAGCUUGGCGUUCUCGCCGGACGGUAGCAAGGUGGCGUCAGGCUUUGGGGAUAAGACCGUGCAGAUAUGGAACAUCGCCACAGGGCAAGUCGAGCAGACACUGCAGGGCCAUACAGGCCAGGUCCAGACCGUAGCGUUCUCGCCGGAUGGAAGUCGGGUGGCGUCAGGAGCUGACGACAGUACAACUAUACGGGUAUGGGACAUUACUACAGGAGCAGUUGAGCAGACGCUAGAGGGCCACGCAGACUCGGUCCUGAGCGUGGCGUUCUCGCCGGACGGUAGCAAGGUGGUGUCAGGCUCUGAGGACAAGACCGUGCAGAUAUGGAACGUCGCCACAGGGCAAGUCGAGCAGACACUGCAGGGCCACGCAGGUCGGGUCUGGAGCGUAGCGUUUUCAACCGACGAUGAUGAUCACCAUUUGGUCUACUCGGUGGACAGAUCGAAGAGUUGGGUAACUUGGAAGGGUUCUAGAAUUUUGUACAUUCCGUUGGACUUCAGAGUGAGCCCAGUUUUUAUGGACAGAAGCACUCUAGUAAUUGUAUCUGCCCAUCAUCAGCUUGGGAUUAUAAGAUUUUGGGCUGGGAUUGAAGCAGGAAUUAUUUAGACCUAUAAUUCCGAUAACUCUCCUUUUGGCGGUUUGGUGGGGGGCGGAGGGGGUUUCUCUAGAUAACGUACCUUUCAAAGGCUUUGCCGAUCUUCUUCUGAAACCCUCUGAGCGCAUUGUCUUUGCCAUGGAUUAGCGGCAUGUAGACAUCGAAUAUGCCUAGUAGCGAGUAUGCCUUGUCUUCGCGAGUGGUCUGGGGAUUUCCUGCCUUCAGCAAUCACUUAUCAUUACCUCGUGAAUUUGUGGCACUAGAUAUCUUUCAUCACCCAGUUAAUUACCUUCUUGGGAAAAGAAAUCGACCGAAAGCGGAGCAAGCAGAAGCUCUUAAAGGGUCCAACCCCGACUAGACCAGCUGCUUUCCCGAAAAGGCUGGCUCCUGAGUAUACUCAAAGAAUUCAUCGCCUUCUUUCCGCUUCGCUGUCGAAACAUCCGA